CAGGAGGCGGAAGCUGGUGCCGGCGGGAAGGUUGUAGUGCGGCGCGUCAUUGCGCUUUUGCUGGGCUCUGCGUGGGCGCGCCCCCUUGCACAGCGGCGACCCGACGACGAGGUUUCUCCGGGCUCCUCGCAGCCGGAUGAUUGUAAAGUGCUGAUCAGUGGCCACUGAAUAUAAUUGAAACAGAAUAGGAAGAUGGCAGCAAAUCCUUCAGGACAAGGUUUUCAAAAUAAAAAUAGAGUUGCAAUUUUGGCUGAACUGGACAAAGAGAAAAGAAAAUUACUUAUGCAGAACCAAUCUUCAGCAAGUCACCCUGGAGCUAGCAUCUCCCUCUCCAGACCUUCUCUUAAUAAGGACUUCCGGGACCAUGCUGAGCAGCAGCACAUUGCAGCCCAGCAGAAGGCAGCUCUUCAGCAUGCCCACGCACAUUCAUCUGGAUACUUCAUAACUCAAGACUCGGCAUUCGGGAAUCUUAUCCUUCCUGUUUUACCUCGCCUUGACCCAGAAUGAAGAAAGUAUCUGUGAUAAAAGGGACCUCAUACUAUCAAAUGUCAAAGCUCUCACUCAGCUCUGUACAAACUCUGACUUUGAGAAUUUUGGAGAACUUAGCUUUUGUUUUUUAAAGAAAGGAAUAAGGAAGUGAGUGAAGAAAGAAGGGCUGGGGUCCUGAGAACUUUGGAAGCGGUAUCGUUGGUGGGGUUGGUUGUGCUGGUCGUGACUAACUUUUUUGUAUUACCACAUGACUCUUCACUCUCAGACUCAGAAUUGCUUAGUUUCAUAAAAUCUGCACCACCUUCAACAAGUUGGACUGACUGGCUCAUACAUGAAGCCCUGGGUUUGACGCCAGUGCUGCAUAAACAAGCUCUGAUGCGUAUGCCUGUAAUCUUGGCACUAGAGAAACAGACAGGAAGAAGUUCAAAGCCAUCCUUGCCAAGGUAGUGAUUUUGAGACCAGUCUGAGGUAUAUGAGAUCUUGCCUCAAAAAAACAAAAGAACUAUUUCUAAUCCCAUCAUAGAUGCUUUUUAAAAAUGUGAACAGUAGGCUUGCAUUACAAGCAUAUUUGUGGUUUCUUGUGUUCAGAAGCAACAUAUCUAGACAUACUCUGAGCUCAUAACUAAUUCUCCUAAUAACUCCAAAUAAGACUAAAUUACUGCUGGGCGGUGGCAGACCUGAGUUCAAGGCCAACUUGCUCUACAGAGCAAGUUCCAGGAUAUUGGCUCUAAAGCUACUGGGAAACCCUGUCUUGAAAAACAAACAAACAAACAAAAGACUAAAUUACCAACCAAUCCUAAAUCGUUUUCAAAUAAAUGCUAUUAUAAAUGAUGUGACUAAAUACUGUUAGGAAAAACAAUCAAGCAAUACAUUGGUUUUAAAUGUAUUCCUAUUCUCACUUCAUGUUGCUACAUAAAUGGUUUGCUUGAAUGGUUUUAUUUUCUAUUUUUCAUCUAGUUAAAAACCUAAAAUUAGGCAAAUUUAGGGCCUUUUAAGUCCUUUUAAAUAAAAGGAUUUAAUAAAUCUAUUUAAAUCCUUUUAAAUAAAAGACUUAGGUUAAACAAAUUGCUCAACAAGGCCAAACGUUAAUAAGAAACUGAGGUGCUUAAUUAAAUAUGCAGUUGCCGAUCCCUUCCCUUUGUCCUAUAGAAUUAGAAUGUGAUUAAAAAUAGUGUGAAAAGCAUAGGUUAGAGAGUUCUGUAACACAUCUUGCACACAAAUGUCAUGAUCAAAUGAUAUUUUAUAAGGAGGUUAUUUUGUAAGGCUCCUCGAAUUUUCUGUUCCCAAGUAUGGAACCUAAGAAUUUGUAAAAGAUGUGUAGUGUUGUUUCACUGAGCCAAAGCCCCAGUCCCUACACAACCUGAGCAGUUACUGACUGUCUCAUAUCCCCAUCCUCUCUGGUGUUGGGGGAGUUUAAACUUAACAUUUUCAGUUGGUUCAAUAUUUAGCCAGUUAUACUCCUAAUAGUUCCCUGUGUCUUCACCAACCACAUAGCACCACCCUGGUCAAAGAGUGAUGCUGUAGUGAGCAGUCCUAGAAAAAGCUGUGCCUCUGAAGACCCUGAACUGAUUCCUACAUCUGAGUAAGGUGGGAUUCUUCCAAUAUAAUAAUACUCCCCAUUGCAGGAUGGUGCCCUCAUGUUGGCUGUGUCUCCUCUCCAUCCAGCUUCUCCUUGGGCUCCUUCUAGUGGCCUUCAUUUUUUUGAAUUUCACUGUAAAAUUCAAGUGUGGAACACUGUUUAUGUUCUCUGUGACCCCUGAUAUACUAACAUGGUUCUAAAUUUACCGACUGAUGUUAGGAAGAUAAAGUGUAUAUAUAGUUUUCCCACCAUUGAA